AUGGAACCUAUCGAGGAAAUGAAUGAUCAAGAAGCAGUGACCACGCCUCAGACUGAUUGCCGUGGAGCUUCCCCACGAUUCCGUCGCAUUCGUCUACCGGAGCUGGAAAAGCUGUUCGGAAAGCCUCACAUUCGAAAGAAUCCACCAGAAGCUGGGCGGAUUUUGGCCUGCUUCACCAAUCUCAGCCUCUGCAUCGCCUCUGGCGCGUACAUUAGCGCGGAGGCGGCACUCGAAGGCGUAUGUACAUACUGGUACGAACUAGUUGAGACAGUAGAUCUCAAUGACGACAACCGGUCCCAUCUUAGGCGGGUGGACCUCGCACACACAGUCCGUAGGCUGUGGGAAGAAAUCCGGGAGGAACGGUGGCGUGGCUUGUGUGGCCAGGAUCUGCUUCUUCGAGCGGGCGCUCAGGUGAACAUGGUGGGCCUCCUUCUGUUCGGAGUGGAGAGCGUAGAUGAUCCGCGAAAAGAGCAGUUGCUGCAGCAGCCUAGCCAGCUUUUCCCGAUUUCGUUUCCGCGGCGGCGUGAACGUGUCGAACCCAUUGAUCUGGGUGCCAUUUCCUCCCCACUAGAUAGCCGCACACCCGAAUCGGCGGAAGCGGAGUGUGCAAUCUGUCGGGAUCGCGUCGAAGAUGGAGUGAAGAUCAAGUGUUGCCGUCACUGCUUCUGUAGAGAGUGCCUCGACGCGUGGCUGAACGGCGAGGGAGAAGGCGCCACGGACAACUGUCCGAUGUGCAAGGCGAAACUGACUGCCUGA